CCCCUCCCUUGGCAAGCCUGACAAGUCUUGCUUCAUAGGGCCAGAACCCUUUGCAUUGGCCUGCGAACAUCCGUACAGUGGCACUUGAGGAGAGGGAGCAAGCGCUCAGAGCAAAUUCACGUGACCUCCGGAACCACUCCGAUGUGGAGCUGUCCCGCGCUAUCUAAGAAGAUGUCGUCGGACACCUGGCGAUUCGGCCAACCACUCCUAAACGUUCGCCGCUUCCUUCCUGUGGAGAAUCCUUCCUUGAGACUCCUGCCUUUCUCCUCUAUCUUUACCACCUUCCAAGCUUAGACUAGUAACAGACAGACGACGCUGCAAAUGUCGCCCACCGCCGGAAAGCCCAUCACCUGCAAGGCCGCUGUGGCCUGGGAAGCGAGCAAGCCGCUCUCGCUCGAGACGGUCGAAGUCGCCCCUCCAAAGGCUGGCGAGGUCCGCGUCAAGAUCACCUGGACUGGUCUCUGCCACACGGACUAUUACACCCUGAGUGGCAAUGACCCUGAAGGCGCUUUCCCAGCCAUCCUUGGCCAUGAGGGCGCCGGCAUCGUCGAGUCGGUCGGUGAGGGCGUGACCGAGUUCAAGGAGGGCCAGAGUGUGAUUCUGCUCUACACGGCCGAGUGCAAGCAGUGCAAGUUCUGCAAGUCGGGCAAGACGAAUCUCUGCCAGUCCAUCCGCGCCUACACGGGUCGAGGCGUGAUGCCAGACGAGACGAAGCGCUUCACGUGCAAGGGCAAGGAGCUCUUCCACUUCAUGGGCACCUCGACGUUCAGCCAGUACACUGUUGUGUCGCAGUACUCGCUCGUCGCCGUCGAUGACCGCGCGCCCCAGGAGAAGACGUGCUUGCUCGGAUGUGGCAUUACCACGGGCUACGGCGCGGCGACAAAGACGGCAAAGGUCGAAGAAGGAAGCACUGUCGCCGUCUUUGGCAUUGGAUGUGUGGGAUUGGCCGUUCUCGAGGGCGCUGUGCACUCCAAGGCAUCCAGGAUCAUUGCCAUUGACCUCAACGAUGAGAAGGAAGCCUGGGCAAAGAAAUUUGGCGCAACCGACUUCAUCAACCCGUCGAAGCUGCCAAAGGACAAGAAGAUUGUCGACCACCUCGUCGAGCUCACCGACGGCGGUCUCGACUACACUUUCGACUGCACGGGCAAUGUCAAGGUGAUGCGAGAUGCCCUCGAGGCGUGCCACAAGGGAUGGGGUGUCUCGACCAUCAUUGGCGUCGCUGCGGCAGGCCAGGAAAUCAGCACCCGGCCAUUCCAGCUCGUCACGGGCCGCAAGUGGCAGGGCUCGGCCUUUGGCGGCGUCAAGGGCAAGACGGACCUGCCGGGCAUCAUCGAAAAGUACAUGAACAAGCAGUUCAAGAUCGACGAGUACAUUACCCACCACGUCAAGCUCGACGACAUCAACAAGGGCUUCGACUACAUGAAGUCGGGUGACUGCAUCCGCUGCGUCACCGACAUGUCAUGAGAGGCUGCCCCCUUCGUCUUUCUGUAAGAUUCGAUGGGAUUGAAUCCAAUGAAUAAAGCAGGUGAAACGUUAUCGGGAGGGCAGGAAUCUGCAACCUCGAGACGACAUCCAAAGUUCUUUCCCUUUUUGCACACUAUGAUGCUGAUUGGUUAUAAAUGCAAGCAAUCGGGCCACAAUGAAGGGGAUGGUAUCUUUGUUUCAGCGGAG